GCGGCUCCCGGGCCCGCCCGUCGGCGCGGCCGGGCCGGGGAGGGGCGGAGGGCCCGGCGGGGCCGCAGGUGCCGCGGAGGAUGGCGGCGGGCGACCCGGAGCAGGCGCGCUACUGCGGGCGGCUCUCCUACCUGUGCCUGAAGCUCAGCCUCAUCACCUACUCCACCACGUUCUGGGUGAUCGGGGCCCUCGUCCUUGCAGUUGGGAUUUAUGCAGAAAUUGAAAGACAGAAGUACAAAACUCUAGAAAGUGCCUUUCUAGCCCCUGCAAUUAUUUUAAUACUUUUGGGCAUUGUAAUGUUCCUGGUAUCCUUUGUGGGUGUACUGGCUUCUCUGAGAGACAAUUUAUGCCUUCUGCAAGCAUUCAUGUACAUCCUUGGUAUCUGCCUGCUGAUCGAGCUGACAGGCGGAGUGGUGGCCCUGAUCUUCAGGAACCAGACAAUCAAAUUUUUAAAUGAUAACAUUAGAAGAGGAAUUGAGAAUUACUAUGAUGAUUUAGACUUCAAGAACAUCAUGGAUUCUGUUCAAAAGCAGUUCAAGUGCUGUGGUGGGGAAGAUUAUAGAGAUUGGUCCCAAAACGUGUAUCACAACUGUGCAGCUCCAGGACCACUGGCUUGUGGGGUGCCCUACACUUGCUGCAUCAGAAAUAGGACAGACAUUAUCAACACUAUGUGUGGAUACAAAACCAUUGACCAAGAGCGCUUGAGUGUUCAGCACGUUAUCUACGUCCGAGGGUGCACGAAUGCUGUGCUCAUUUGGUUUUUGGACAACUACAGCAUCAUGGCUGGCGUGCUGCUGGGCAUACUGCUGCCCCAGUUCCUGGGCGUGCUGCUGACCUUGCUGUACGUGACCCGAGUGGAGGACAUCAUCACGGAGCACAAGCUGAGCGAGAGCCUGUUUGGGGACGCGCGCCGCGGGGCUGCCCCCGACCUGGCCGGAGCCGGCUGCUGCAUGUGUUACCCGGGCUGACCCGGGGAGCCCAGAAUCCUGCAAAUCCCCCAAACCCAGCUGCUCUGGGGAGUGCUGGCUGUGCCAGAGUGUGGGGGCGGUGGACCAGCCAGCAGCUGGCAGCGGGUGCGAGCCGGGACGCGGCGGAGGGGCCCCGCGCGGGUCCGUGGGUCAUUAAAUUCCUUCUGAGUGAUUGCUGAGUGGUGACACAGCCAGAAAAAAACUGGAGAAGAUUUGAACCUCGAUUUCUAGGAAGUGUCUUUGCGCCUCGGGAUGUCCUAUUUAAGUGUUUGUCCUUUUCCAGCUUUAUUUUCUUACUCCUUCCAGUUCUUCUCCUUCCAGAUUUCUUACUGAUCCACAUGGUGAAUAUCAAACGUGUGUUUAAUAAUGAGGUUUCAUGCUAAUCAUGAUGGAUUUACUGACAAUAAUGGAUGUGAUGCUGAUCGCUUUCAUUGCUCAGUCUUCUGUGCCUUUUAAUAAUGGGGCAAAUGCCAAUGUCAAAUCAGUCAGGUAAUGCUUGAUCUAUUUUUUAAUGCAGUUUAUUACUGUGUGGCUUUUGUACAAACUCACAGGAUGUUUGAGUCUUUGAUGUACUGUAUUUUUUCCCUUUAGUAAAUUAACUAGGUGAUUUAUGACUUUAUAUUUUUUUUUGAAUUCUGUAUGUCAAGAUGUUUCUAAAAUUUACUGUCUAAAUAAAAACAAUGAGUGGGGUUUUUUUAAAAAAAAAAAGCACAUGGAUUUUGUUUACAAUUAUUUUUAUUUUCUUAUGUAAGUUAAGCCUGUCCCUCAAAUGCUGAAUCAAAAGGUAGAAGUAGCAGGAGCUGUGAUUCUGGAUUGGAUGCUGCCUGCCCAAGCAGUUUUUGGAGAGUUGCUGAUCAUCUGUGCCUCCCUGGCUUCUCUUAGUCCCCCCAGAGCUCUGGGGUUUUUGUUGGUGUUCCUUUGUCCUGAGCG